UCUGCCGGUAGCUCUACCCCUAGUUGUUGAGCUUCUAACGACCCUACUACUUUGAGUAGUUGGGCCAUUGGUCUCAGUAUUGAGAACAGAAAUCAGGGAGUCUUGAUUUGGGUUGUUAAAACAACUAUAUCCCUUGUUGCUGGGUGCCUCUCUUCUAGUGUUUUUUUUUCCAGUGAGAAGAAUCUUUGUUAAGAAUCUCUUUGAUUUUGAUGAAAGUUGGGUAAUGUUGGUUGAAUUAUCUUAAUUUGGGCCUGCUCCAAAAUACAAAUUGCUUUAGUGAUUUUGCAGAAAUGGAUUAUAGAUUUAUAGGCAUAUAAAAUUACAAUGACUUCAGUGAAAGUUUCUACAACUGAUAUCUAAAGCACUGAAAUAUUUCAAUUUAAUGAUGUCUAAAAUCAAGAUUGAAAUUUGAAUUUGAUUCCUUGUUGAUAAGGGGGAGUGCCACCCCUCCCUCAUAAUAUAUAUAUAAAAGGAAAAAAAAAAACCUCAGACUGAGAAGUUAAAACAACUAUUUGGAAAAGCUCCACCAAUUACACAUUGCUGUAUUGUCUUCUUUAGAUUCUUUAUACCAAGCAAACCGUGCACAGAAUAUAGUAUAUGCAACAAAUUAUAGCGAGUACAUAUGUAUUCUAGUAAAGAUGCAAUAAAUUUUUGUAAUACAUAAUAGCCAUUUGUUGGAUACUUAUGGUGGUCUACAAGAUAUACUGUUAGUUACACAUAAUAGCCAUUUAUUGCUACUAUAUAUGCCUGAAAAUUUCAUGUUCCUACUAGUUUUCUUGUGAAUGCCACUGGUUCAUUUUAGUACAGCCUAGUAUGUAUUCAAAACUUCAUUUGAAGGCCUUUGAAAGCCCUGUGUGAGUAAGGUCAUAGGGGUUUCAUAGAUGAAGGGUUAGGGUGCCUUGGUGAAAAUCAGUGUUUUCAAUUUGGAUUUUAAAUUCAUGUUCUUUUUUUUUUGGUAAAAUAGUGAGAUAAUGUCAACUUCAACACAAGCAGUUAAUGAGACUGCAAAAUGGAGCCAAGCAAAUGUAGACACCCUUAUUGUUCUGAUGGUAGAGGAAGUUAAGAAAGGAAAUAGGACUACUUCGACUUUUAAUAAAGCUGGUUGGAAUAACAUUGCCAAUAACUUCAAAGAAAAAACUGGGGUCAACUAUACCAUUGCACAGUUGAAGAACAAAGUGAACAAAUUGAGGCAGGAUUAUAGUCAGUUUAAGAAGCUAUUGGAGACAACUGGUUUUGGUUGGGAUACUACUUCAAGAACUUGUACUGUUGAUGAUGAAUCCAUCUGGGAAUCGCAUAUUAAGGACAACCCUACUUGGGCAUGAUUUAAGAAGCACGGACUACCACAAUGGCCAGAACUAUGUAUGGUAUUUGGUGAUACAUAUGCAGACGGCAAAGGAAGUGGGACUCAAACAACCGUGUUGAAAACUCUAGGGGCCGAUGAUGCUAGGAAUAUGAUUGAGUCUUGUGAUGAGUCAAGUUCCACUGAUGAAGUUACUCCAUUAGGUGACACUCAAACUAAAGCAGUGGAAAA